AUAGAAUAAAUGUUUGUGUGUGUGUGUGAGUGUAUGCGUUACAUGUAAAUUGAGGACAGCCGACAGUUUACUUUUUAGAUGCUUGGGUUGUAAAACAUUGGUAAAAUGAAAGAAAUUAUGGCGCCAAUCUGUGUUUAAUUAUUUAUCAAUAUUAAUUAUAAAAACAAUAAAAAAAAAUCAUCAUGCCGGCGUUUUUAAAACAUAUCGAAGUGGAAAACUUUAAAUCUUACAAAGGAAAAUUGGUUAUUGGUCCAUUAAAAUCAUUUACUGCUGUUGUUGGACCAAAUGGAUCAGGUAAAUCAAAUUUUAUGGAUGCCAUAAGUUUUGUUAUGGGUGAAAAAACAAGUAGUCUACGUGUCAGAAGAUUUAAUGAGCUUAUACAUGGUGCAUCAGUUGGAAAACCAGUAUCAAGAAGUGCAUCAGUAACAGCUGUGUUUGAAUUAGAAGAUGGUAGUGAUAAAAGUUAUAUGCGUUCAGUACAAGGUUCAUCAUCUGAACAUCGUAUUAAUGGUUCAAUAGUAACAAGUCAAGUUUAUUUAACUGAACUUGAACAUCUUGGUAUUAAUGUAAAAGCUAAAAAUUUUUUAGUAUUUCAAGGUGCUGUUGAAUCAAUUGCAAUGAAAAAUCCAAAAGAACGUACAGCAUUAUUUGAAGAAAUAUCAAAUUCUGGUGCAUUAAAAAAUGAAUAUGAAAGAUUAAGACAUGAAAUGUUACGUGCUGAAGAAGAAACACAAUGUUCAUAUCAAAAAAAAAAAGGUAUUGCUGCUGAAAGAAAGGAGGCAAAAUUAGAAAAAGAAGAAGCUGAAAAAUAUCAACGUUUAAAAGAAGAAUAUAGUGAAAAACAAAUUGAAUUACAAUUAUUUCGUCUUUAUCAUAAUGAACGUAGUAUUGAAGAUUAUGAAAAUGAUUAUAAAAAAAAAUUAAUAAAAGUUGAUAAAUGUAAAAAAGAAAAAGAAAAAGCUGAUGAUAUAUUAAAAGAUAAAAAACAAGAUUCAGGUAAAUUAACAAGAAAUUUAGCUAAAAUUGAACAAGAAAUACGUGAAGUUGAAGUUGAAAUAACUAAAAAAAGGCCAACAUUUAUAAAAGCUAAAGAACGUGUUGCACAUAUGCAAAAAAAAGUUGAAUCAGCUAAAAAAUCAUUAAUACAAGCUAAAACAGCUGAUGAAGCACAUAAAAAAGAUAUUGAAGCAUUACAAGAAGAAUUACGUCAAGUUGAAGAAGCUAAAGCAACAUAUGAAGCAUCAAUUGCUGGACAAUCACAAUCACAAGGACGUGAUGUACAACUUGAAGAUGAACAAGUACGUGAAUAUAAUCGUUUAAAAGAAGAAGCUGGUAAACAAUCAGCAAGAUAUUUACAAAUGUUAGAUUCAAUUAAUCGUGAACAAAAAUCAGAUCAAGAUCGUUUAGAUAAUGAAAGUCGUAAAAAAACAGAUAUUGAAAAUAAAUUAAAACAAAAAGGACAUAUGAAAGAUGAAGCAUUAAAAAGAAUUGAAAAAUUAGAUGAACAUAUACGUACAUCAGAAAUUGCUCUGGAUGAUCAAAAAAAAUUACGUACUGAUUUACAAUCAGAUGUUGGUACAUCAAAAGAUAAAAUACAAAAUUUACAAAGAGAACUUGAAAGAAUAUCUGAACAAUUGGGUGAUGCUAAAGUUGAUAAACAUGAAGUAUCAAGAACUAAAAAAAAAACUGAAAUUGUUGCUAAUUUUAAAGGGCUAUUUCCUGGUGUUUAUGAUAGAAUGUAUAAUAUGUGUGAACCAAUCCAUAAAAGAUAUAAUGUUGCUAUAACAAAAGUAUUGGGUAAAUAUAUGGAAGCAAUUGUUGUUGAUACUGAAAAAACAGCACGUCAAUGUAUACAAUAUUUAAAAGAACAAUAUUUAGAACCAGAAACAUUUUUACCACUUGAUUAUAUACAAGCUAAACCAUUGAAAGAACGUUUACGUAAUAUACAAGAGCCAAAAAAUGUAAAAUUAUUAUAUGAUGUAUUACAUUUUUCACCAAAAGACAUUGAUAGAGCUGUAUUAUUUGCAACAAAUAAUGCAUUAGUAUGUGAAACACCAGAAGAUGCAAAUAAAGUUGCAUAUGAAAUGGAUAAAAAAGCACGUUAUGAUUGUGUUGCACUUGAUGGUACAUUUUAUCAAAAAGCUGGUAUAAUAUCUGGUGGUUCAUUGGAUUUAGCUAAAAAAGCUAAACGUUGGGAUGAAAAACAAAUGUCACAAUUAAAAUCACAAAAAGAAAAAUUAACUGAAGAAUUACGUGAUUCAUUAAAAAAAUCACGUAAAGAAUCUGAAUUAAAUACAAUUGAAUCACAAAUACGUGGUUUAGAAACACGUUUAAAAUAUAAUAAAAAUGAUUUAGUUGCAACACAAAAACAAAUAAAAGAACAUGAAAAUGAAUUAUCUGUAUUACAAAUGGAACUUGAUAAAUUUGCACCAACAAUAAGUGAAAUUGAAAAAACAAUGAAUGAACGUGAUCAAGAAAUACAAAAUAUUAAAGAAAAAAUGAAUAAUGUUGAGGAUGAUGUAUUUUCAUCAUUUUGUGAACAAAUUGGUGUUACAAAUAUACGUCAAUAUGAAGAAAGAGAAUUACGUUCACAACAAGAACGUGCUAAAAAAAGAAUGGAAUAUGAUAAUCAAUGUAAUCGUAUUAAUAAUCAACUUGAUUUUGAAAAUCAACGUGAUACUGAAAGUAAUGUAUUAAGAUGGGAAAGAGCUGUACAAGAUGCUGAUGAUAAACUUGAACAAGCUAAACAAGGUGAAGCUAAUCAAAAAAAUGAAAUUGAUAAUGAUGAAGCACAAAUGGAAAAAUUAAAAGUUAAUAAAAAUAAUAUUAAAAUUGAAGUUGAUCAAAAAGAAAGUGAUAUGAAUAAAUGUAAAAAAGAUGUUGCAUCAGCACAAAAAGAAAUAACAAAAGCUGAAAAAGAAUUAGCACUUGUUGAUACUAAAAUUGAAGAAAAAAAAGCUGAACGUCAUGCAAUGUUAAUGACAUGUAAAAUGGAAGAUAUUACAAUACCAAUGUUAAAUGGUAAUAUGGAAGAUAUUGCUGAUGAUAAUGGUGGUGGACAAAAUGAUACAACAACAAAUAAUGAUUCAACAUUAAAUACACAACAACAAUAUGAACGUGAAAGUAAAAUAAAAAUUGAUUAUACACAAUUAUCUGAUAAUUUAAAAGACAUUGAUGAUGAUGAUUUAAGAAAAGAAACAGAUAAAUUUAAUAAAGAAUUAAAUAAAAUACAAUGUGAUAUGCAAAAAAUACAAGCACCAAAUAUGAAAGCAAUACAAAAAUUAUAUUUAGCUAAAGAAAAAUUACAUGAAACAAAUGAAGAAUUUGAACAAUCAAGAAGACGUGCUAAAAAAGCUAAAACAGCAUUUGAAAAAGUUAAAAAAGAAAGACAUGAUAAAUUUAUGGCAUGUUUUGAACAUGUUGCUAAUGAAAUUGAUCCAAUAUAUAAAAGUUUAGCUAAAAAUCAAUCAGCACAAGCAUUUUUAGGUCCUGAAAAUCCAGAAGAACCAUAUUUAGAUGGUAUUAAUUAUAAUUGUGUUGCACCUGGUAAAAGAUUUCAACCAAUGUCAAAUUUAUCUGGUGGUGAAAAAACUGUUGCUGCAUUAGCAUUAUUAUUUGCAAUACAUUCAUUUCAACCAGCUCCAUUUUUUGUACUUGAUGAAAUUGAUGCUGCAUUAGAUAAUACUAAUAUUGGAAAAGUUGCUAGUUAUAUCAGAGAUAAAACAAAUUCAUUACAAACAAUUGUUAUAUCAUUGAAAGAAGAAUUUUAUUGUCAUGCUGAUGCACUUGUUGGUAUUUGUCCUGAUGUUGGUGGAUGUUUAGAGAGUAAAGUAUUGACACUUGAUUUAACUACUUAUCCUCAAUAAAUAAAUAUUUAUUAUAUCAUUUUUUCUUUUUAAAAUAUUAAUCAGUUCUUUUUUUUUUUAAAUUAUAUUUUAUUUUGUUUUAAAAAAAAAUCAUAUUAUUAGUUAAUGUUAUAUUAAUAUUAAUUAACAAUAUCUUUUUUUUUUUAAAUAUUCCAAAACAAAAAAAUUAAUAAUAAUAGAAAUAAUAUUUGUUUUUUGUUUUUCAUUAAAAUAAAUUUUUUUUUUCUCGUGUUUUCUUUAGAAGUUUAAUCAAAAAAAAAAAAAUAAUUGAUAUGACAAUUAUUAUGAACAAACAUUAGAUUAUUAUUAUAACUUAUUACGUAUAUAAUUUUUUUUUCUCUUUUUCAUUUUUAUAAUAAAUAAUCAAUAAAUAAUGGCAUAAAAUAUAUAUUUUUUUUUUUUUUCAUAAUUAAUCUUUGAUUUCUUAUUAUUUCAAUUCAAUAAUUACUGUUUGAGUAAAAUAUUAUUCAGUAACUUUAAUAAAUAAUGUAAAAUGGAUUUAUUUUAUUUUUUUCUUGUCAAAAAAAAAAAAAACUAAAACUAAACAUUGUAUGAGUAGUUUUGUAAAUAAGAAAAUAAAAAAAUUCCUGGAAAAUUAUUGUUUUAUUUUUUCUUGUUGUUAUGCCUCGAGAUGUUUAUUAAGAUAAUUAUAAAUUAUAUUUAACGUAUUUGUAAGUUAAAAUGAUGAUUACUUCAACAAUCAUUUGGUUUAUAAAUUCUUGUGAUUUUUAGACAAUUAAAAGUCAUCAUGAUAAGAGAAUUUAAAUAACUCAAAGUAUAAUUUUUUCUUUUAUUAUAAAAAUAAUAAUAAUAAAGUUGAAAUGUAAAAAAUGAAAUGUAUUAAAAACUACUUCUUCUUUAUAGAGACAAUAAAAAAAAAAAUCAUCCAACUUUGAUUUAUUCAACGAUUGCCGCAGAUCAAUUUACGCUUUAUUACAAUUAAAUGCAUUCGUAUGAUAAGUAACAUAUGAAAUGCGGCCAAAAUAAUAAUUUUAAUUUAACAAAUGUUUAUUGGCACAAAUACAUUGCAGUCAUGUUGAAUUUGUUUUGUAAUUUUCUUUAUCUAGAGCAUGAUUAAAAGAUUCAUAUUUGUGAUUUUACGUUAACUAGACAACAGUCCUUUUUUUUUCCAAGAAGUUGCAAUGGGACAGUACUUCAAAGAACCAGCUGCAAUGACACUUAUUUUAUGCGCAAAUAAAAUAAAUAAAAUAAAUAAAAACAAAAAAAAAUUAGCCAUCUGGCUAUGUAGGUCAAGCACUUGCUAAAAAUUUUUUUUGUCUUUUAUUUAAAUUCAUAGUUCAUUUAAGAAUAAAAAAAAAAAUAAUUAAAAUAAUACAUUGCAUACUAAUUUUCAUCUAAUUGUUUUUCUCAUUAAGUUUAAAUAAUGCAAAAUUAAAUUGUCUUUAAAUACUAAUUUGUUUGUUGGUAUAAUAAUUUUAAAUAAUUUUUUUUUUUUUAUUCAAAAUUAAAUACUGUUGAACGUUUUUAUUUUUUAAUAUAAAAUUUAUGCAAUGUAAUGAAUUAGUUUUUUAAAUAUAUCAAUGAUUUGAAAUGGACAUUCGAUGAUACUUAAAAAAAGAAAAAAAUAAUAUUCUAUUGAUAAUGGUUUGCAUCCACUUGACAAAUGCAAUGUGGUAACCAAUCGACGAGUUAGAAAGAAAUGUCUUUUGCAGGUCAUUCGGGUGGGAGUUAUUUUCUUGUAAAAAAAAAAAACAAAAUAAAUAAAGAAAAUAUUAGCCAAGAUGAUGAUGAUGAUGAUGAGACGACUUGAUGUAAAUUUUUAAACUUUAAACUAGAUCUAAGCUUGUCACAAGUUUAGUUGUCAUCAGUCUUGCAAAGAGUUAACUCGAAAAAUUAUUAUAACUUUUUUUUUAUUUUUUCUAUUGAAAGUUGAGUGAAAAUAUGUCGAAAAAAUUUCAUAUAUUUUUACUAAUAAUAAUUAUUUAUAUUGUAUUUUUACAAACUCUACAAGCUGGAACAGCAAAAAAAAGAAAAAUAAGAUCCAAAAAA